GAUAGAAUUGCGCCAAUUACGUAAAGUAGCGUUACUUUCGUACCAACUUCGUUCCAGCCUUUUAAGGCUUCCUCCAGUUUUCUGUUUACGGCUCUACUACAGUUCUAAGUUUGUUAUCUGUGCAGUUAUACGUUGCUUGCUUCUCUAGAACAAGUUUUAAAUAGUGGAUCUUCAAUGAACAUAAAUACUGGAUUUUAUGUACCUUUUGGUGUGGUGACUGCAUUUUGGUUCCUUGUUGCCAUACUAGGGCCUAUUUUUGUACCGAAGGGACCCAACAAAAUGCUUUUGUCCGUGUCAGUAGUGCUGACCGCUGCCUGCUGUUAUUUGUUUUGGGUUGGUUUUUACUUGGCACAGACCCAUCCAUUUUUCGGUCCAUCAUUGAGAUCAGAAACAGUACGCAUUAUUCAACAGCAGUGGACGCGUAAAUAAAUCUAGAAACUACUUGUUUGAAGAUAAAUUGGAAUCCUAACUAUUCGGGGUAUUAUUAGUGCCUUAGAAAAUAUGAAAUUAGAUACUUAAAUUGUUUUUUUGUAAUAAAUGACCAGACAUAUUUAUUCAUAUCAUUUUUAUACACAUUGAUAUCUUUUGAAAAAUUGUUUUCAAUUUCAUGCCUUUUUAAUUUCUAUUUUGAUUAUUCACUGUUCUACUUAGUUAUGAAUAAAACGGUAUGUUGUUCCUCCGAUGUUAUUCAUAGUUUUCUUAAUAAACUAUAAUUUACUCUGGA